CUCAGACUCUUUCGGCAAUGGCGAAGAACUGGUGGCGGCUUCUCCCGGCGUUCCUAAUCCUAGGGCUAAUGCCUGGCAUGAGUCACCAGGCUGCCCUGGCCGAUUCGGAUUACUACACGGCCGGAGUGGUGGAGUUCCGCCAGUCGAUCCUCAGCCUGUCGGCCUGGUCGGAUGCCCUCGAGGGCUAUGUGGAGAUAAUAAACUCCGAGAACGCCAGUGCCACGGACAUCAUUGUGUUCCCCGAGAGCACCCUGAACUCCGCGGGCUCCACCACCUUUGUGCCCAAUCCCGAGGAUCAGAUAAAUCCCUGCCUGAGCGAUCCCAGCUUCACCGUUUACGAGGAGUUCCUGGUGACCCUGUCCUGUGCGGCCCGCAAUGCCAGCAAAUACGUCGUGAUCAAUCUCACGGAGAAGCAGAAGUGCGAGGAUGUUCCCGAGGAUACGAGGCCCUGUGCGUCGAACGGUCUCAAUGUGUACAACAGCAACGUGGUCUUCGAUCGCCGGGGAGUGGUGGUGUCCAGAUACCGGAAGGUGCACCUGUACGGGGAGGCCAAGAACAACACCUUACUGCCGGAGCUGAGCACCUUCGAGACGGACUUCGGGGUGACCUUCGGGCAUUUCAUCUGCUUCGACAUCCUGUUCUACACGCCGGCGCACCAGCUCGUCGUGGAGCAGGGCAUCACGGACUUCGUCUACCCGGCCAUGUGGUUCUCCCAGCUGCCCUUCCUCACAGCCGUUCAGACCCAACAAGGUUGGGCCUAUGCCAACGACGUGAACCUGCUGGCCGCUGGCGCCAGCCGUCCCUCGAUUGGGAACAGUGGAUCGGGCAUUUAUCACGGACGCUCGGGAACUUUGACCAGUGUUAUGAGGCAGGAUUCGGGAGAGAGGGCUAUCUACGUGGCGCAGGUGCCCAAGUACUCGCGCGGGAGAUCCCUUCAGAAACGUGUGAGGAGGAGCAUGCCGAAGAUCAGCUCCCGGCAGGCGGCCUCGACCACGAGCUUCUACAUGAAGCGGGACUAUCUGGAGAACUACGAGUCGGAGCUGAUUCCCUUCGGCGUGGAAACUAGCGGCGCCGUCAACAGAACUAUCUGCCAGGGCAGCUUUUGCUGCAACUUCGACAUAGCCUGGAGAUCCUUGGGAACCGCAGCGGAGAGUGGCAGCUACUAUAGCUAUCGGUUGGGCACCUACGAUGGCUGGCGGAACGAGCAGCGGGUGGACGCCAAUUACAUCCGCAAUUGUGCCUUGUUCGCCUGUUCCGGGGACUCCAUCGAGGACUGUGGCAAGCUGCUGCCCACUGAGGGAGAGCUCCAGCAGUCGCGUGUGACCUUCACCCGCCUGGAGAUCGGGGUCACCUAUCCAGAGUCCCGAGAGUUCCUCCUGAUUCCCAACAGCCUGCUGGACAGUCUGCUGCCCUUGGAACCCAAUCAGUUCGAGUGGUCGCAGCACAAGCCCACUGAAGAUAGCUACGUGCACGAAGUUCGCUUUGCCCUCAAGGCAUCCCUGGAGGUGAGCAACCUGUUGACCUUCGCCAUCUAUGGCAACUACUACGACAACGAGUGCACCUUCGGAGUAGGCAGUGAGGAGGAGCAACUGGCCUGUGGAUACAAGAGCGGUUCCACUAGGCUGAGAAUCCUAGGGGGAUGGCUGACAAUGCCGCUGGUUAUCCUGGUCGCUGCCUGGACCAGGACCUAAGAAGAUCAAACUGUAUCCAAGAGUUCUGUUGGAUAUUGUACAAUUACCUUAAGACCCACAUUUUGGGUUUCUUUUUUUUAAUACACCUAUUGCUCGAUACUACCAGUAUUUAUAAAAAUAAAAUUCAAGACAAUA